AUGGUCUACGUAGACGCCUCAGUCCCAUCCGAUCUCAAUCAUAAGUUUCCUGUAUUUGAACAGCUUUCACGUGUUACCAAUGAAGAAGAAGGAAUUCGUGAAAAUGUUUUUGUUAAAGAAUUAGUCACUGAGCCACCAUGUGGAACAGUUCAUACUAUAUAUGAAUGUAUUCAACGUGGCUCGACCAUUUCGGAGACUGGGAAGUUUCUAGGAGAGAUAGUUGAUGGAGCUUAUAAUUGGGUUGAUUAUAAAACUGCUAUUGAAGAUGCAGAAAUUCUUGGUUCAGCUAUGUUAGCACAAGGUUUAAAACCACAAGACAGAGUUGGAAUUGCAGGCAUCCAGAGUACAAGAUUCAUAAUUGCUAUGCAUGGUAUGGUCUCUUAUAGCAUGACUAUAGUCCCGCUAUAUCACAAUUCUAAAUUGGACCAUUUAUGUCACAUCAUCAAUAACUGCGAAUUAUCUCUGAUAUUUGUCGAUGGAACAGAGCGCUGCCUUCAAAUAAUUGAGAAAAAACGAUCAAAUGACCUAAAAUGUUUGAAAACAAUCGUAUUACUGCCCGAUGUUGAUGUACCAACUACAGGGUCAGAAUUUGUUCAGAUUAUUUCAUAUUCUGAUUUCUAUGAAACUGGAAAAGCUAAUCGUAGUCAACCCAUUCCACCCUCCAAAGACGACGUUUACCUCAUUUGCCACACAAGUGGUACAACAGGCACUCCCAAAGGAGUAAUGCUGACACAUGGUAACCUAUUAGCAGCAUCAUCGGGUUUAUAUUUACAAUGGGUUCCAUCACCUAAUCGGUUCCACUUCGAUAGCAAAGACAUAUAUUUCAGCUUUUUAAGCUUGGCUCAUGUCUAUGAGCAUCUGAUGCAGGCUUUCAUUAUUUAUAUAGGCGGAAGUAUUGGCAUUUAUAAUGGAAACAUUACUCAGCUUGUUGCGAAUAUUCAACUUUUGCGUCCGACCAUUAUUAGUCUCGUGCCUCGGUUAUUGAAUAAGUUUCAUGAUCACAUUCAUGCGGAAGUCAAUAAAAAAAAUGUUUUGAGCAAAACAAUUUUCCAGAUGGCGAAAACGCAAAAACUUAAACUGCUCAGCAAAGGAAUCCAGCGCUAUGAUACAAUUUGGGAUAAGAUUGUUUUCAACAAGCUUCGCCCUCUCUUUGGUGGAAAAUUGCGGAUGAUUACAACAGGUGGAGCUCCUGUUACUUCAGCAGUGAAAAACUUCACGCGCAUUGCUUAUGGAUGUCCACUCGUUGAGGGAUAUGGACAGACCGAAUGUGCUGCUGCUGCUACUUUAAGUUUACCGUUCGAGCACGAACCCGGUGUAGUCGGCGGACCUGCACCUUGGUCACAGGUGAAAUUGGUAGAUGUGCCGGAACUGCAGUAUUUUGCAAAAGACAAUAAGGGUGAAAUUUGUUUCCGAGGAGCUGCAGUUAUGAAAGGAUACUACGGGGACGAAGAAUUGACUAAAAAAACAAUAGAUGAUGAAGGAUGGUUACAUACAGGAGACAUAGGGCAUUGGAAAGAGAACGGAUCGUUAGCCGUGAUCGAUCGGAAAAAUGCUCUGUUCAAAAUGGCUCAAGGAGAUUUUGUUUCUCCAGAACAAAUUGAAGCUAUAUACAUGAACUCCAGUUUGAUUACCCAAAUCCUUGUUAUUGGUGAAACUACCCGCAGCUUUCUUGUUGGGAUUGCAGUUGCCAAUAUCAGUGCAAUAAAGACAGCCUUGAACAUGCGAAAUGAGUUUUCAAAACAAAAAGAUCUUACUGAUGUGGAGUUGAUUAACGAUACUGCAGUUGCCCAAUUCGUACUUCAAGAACUGAAUGCUGUAGGCAAAGAGCACGGAUUACAAACGAUAGAGAUAAUUAAGCAUUUGAAGCUAACUCUAAAGGAAUGGACAGCAGAAGAUAAUCUAGUGACACCCACCUUGAAGCUACGAAGGCAUCUCCUCAGAGAAAAGUUCCAAGAAGAUAUAGAAGAACUAUUUGCGAUGGAAACAACUUUUUAG